GUCCCCGGCCACUCUAUCCUCGCCUCGGCGCCAGGGUCUCCGUCGCCCCCACCGCCGCCCGCCGCACGAAGCCGUCCACCAGAUGCCCAGCGGCCCUCGGCCCCCGCCCCGCCCUGCCCUGCGCCACCCCACCCUCGCCUCCCUGCCCGCGGGCCCCAGCGUGCGACGUUGCGCCCGGUCCCGACCUUCGGGUCUCGGGUCCUACAUCCGACCGCGCAGGCCUUGACCCCGCCCAGGUGUCUCUCAAUGACGAGCACACGUCCCCUCUCCUGCCAGAAGAGCAUUUGUGGGAACCAUGGCCAUGGCGUCCACGCCGAACCCCGUGACCUUCCGCGAGUUCUGCCCACUGUACCAUCUCCUCAACGCCAUCCCGGCCAAGGUGCAGAAGGGCUUCCGCUCCCUGGUGGUCUACCUCACGGCGCUGGACACCAACGGGGACUAUAUCGCUGUGGGCAGCAGCAUUGGCAUGCUCUACUUGUACUGCCGCCACCUGGGCCACAUGCGCAAGUACAACUUCGAGGGGAAGACGGAGUCCAUCACUGUGGUGAAGCUGCUGAGCUGCUUUGACGACCUGGUGGCCGCGGGUACCGCCUCCGGAAGGGUCGCUGUCUUCCAGCUGGUGUCCUCUCUGCCAGGACGGAACAAACAGCUCCGGAGGUUUGACGUCACCGGGGUUCACAGAAACAGCAUCACAGCGCUGGCCUGGAGCCCCAAUGGCAUGAAGCUGUUCUCAGGGGACGACCGAGGGAAGAUCGUGUGCUCCUUUCUGGAUCUGGACCAGGGGCUCUGCAGCUCACUGCUGGUGCUGGAGGAGCCGGCGUCCAUCGUGCAGCUGGACUACAGCCAGAAGGUGCUGCUGGUGUCUACCCUGCAGCGGAGUCUGCUCUUCUACACCGAGGAGAAGUCUGUCCGGCAGAUCGGGACACAGGCCAGGAAGAGUACUGGGAAAUUUGGUGCUUGUUUUAUACCAGGACUGUGCAAGCAGAGCGACCUCACCCUGUACGCAUCCCGGCCUGGACUUCGGCUGUGGAAGGCCGACGCACACGGCACCGUGCAGGCCACCUUUAUCCUCAAGGAUGUCUUCGCCGGUGGGGUCCCGCCCUUCGAGCUAUACCCGCGACUGGAGCCUGCAGAUGGGGGAGGCUGCGGCUCCACCGAGAAGCACCUGGGGCUGGUGUCCUGCUUCUUCCGGGAGGGCUGGGUGCUGAGCUGGAACGAGUAUAGCAUCUACCUUCUGGACACCGUGAGCCAGGCCACCAUUGCUGGUUUGGAAGGAUCCGGUGAUAUUGUGUCUGUUUCCUGCACAGAAAAUGAAAUAUUUUUCUUGAAGGGAGACAGGAACAUCAUCAGAAUUUCGAGCAGGCCUGAAGGACUAGGGCCAAUAGCAAGAGACAGUCUGGAGCUGGCACGAGGUCCCGAACACAUCCCUGGGGAGUGUCCGGAGAAGCCCCUGGGGGCCAGCACCACAGAGACCAGGCUCAGAGGGUCUUCGGUGGCCAGCUCGGCAGCCAGUGAGCCCCGGAGCCGGAGCAGCUCACUCACCUCCACCGACAGCAGCUCUAACCUGCUGCCACCUGCGCCCCCAAGCACUGUGGAGCUCAGCCAGGCCAGCCAGCCCACCUCGCAGAGAUUCAGGGCCAUCAGUGUGGAGGACUUCGAGCAGGAGCUGAUCGUGAAGCCCAUCAGGGUGAGAAGGAAAAAGAAGAAAAGAACAGAAGCCGGAGGAGGUGGUCACUCAUGUGCCAGCUCCCUGGAGCCAACACCCUGCUCCGAGUUCCCCGGCGGCAGCCCCCGGUCCCUGAGCACAGAGCGGCUGUCCGUGGCCUCAAGCAUCCUGGGCAGCAGUGUGGACCAGCUGAGCAUAGAGUCACCUGACGGCGAGAGCAGCCUCGGGGGCAGCGAGGUGAGCGACGUCUUGCUAGAAAAUCAUGACCCAGAAACAUUCAGCAUCCUGGAGGCACCUGGAUCUGCCCCCAACGCACUGAAUGAGGAGGCUGACGCUGUCCCUGAAGUUCCUCAGUGUCACCUUGAAGGGGAGCUGGAGCUGCUCCCCAGGGCGUUGACGCUGCCCUUACUCCCGAGGGAAAGCCUGGAGGGUGACAAUGACGGAGGACACGAAGAGCAGCUCAGUCCUGUGAAGGCUGAUAUCUACCACAGAUGGGUGCCCUGCCCAAGCCAGGACAGCUCUGCCAAGGCCCCUGAGGGGGAGGAUGCAGAGGCUGAGAGCCCUGAGAGCCCCUUUCCAGAACCCUUGCUCCUGGACUCACUCGAGGGGCCUCCCAGUCUCAGCAGGGCCUCAAGGGCAGUGUGGUGGCCUCCCAAGGUCAUGGCUGAGCCAGCCAGCAAGGAGCAGGAUGGCUCUGGGCACCUCACUGUGGACCUUUGGGCUGCUGUCACUGACCAUGACACAGGGCAAAAGGAGAUGCCCCCAUCUGAAGGUGACAGGGAGAGUGAGGGGAGACAAGUGGCCCUUCUCAUGACCGCCUCAGUGGCUGGCACCCAGAGGCCCCGGCUCGAGCCACCUUCCCAGGACCCAGGGCUGACGUCCAGUGAUGAGGAGGACAUCUACGCCCACGGGCUGCCAUCAUCAUCCUCAGAGACGAGUGUCACAGAGCUCAGAGCCGGGCACUCCCUGCAGGACCUGAGCCAGCCAGGCACGGACGACCCUGCCCUGCUCAAGUCGGAUCAGUUUGCAGAGAGCUGGAUGGGCUACUCCGGCCCCGGCUACGGUAUCCUCAGCCUGGUGGUCUCCGAGAAGUACAUCUGGUGCCUGGACUAUAAGGGCGGCCUGUUCUGCAGCGCGCUGCCGGGCGCCAGGCUCCGCUGGCAGAAGUUUGAAGAUGCCGUCCAGCAGGUGGCAGUGUCUCCCUCAGGAGCCCUUCUCUGGAAGAUUGAACAGAAAUCCAACCGCGCCUUUGCCUGUGGGAAGGUCACCAUCAAGGGCAAACGGCACUGGUAUGAAGCACUGCCCCAGGCCGUGUUUGUGGCCCUGAGCGAUGACACAGCCUGGAUCAUCAGGACCAACGGGGACCUGUACCUGCAGACAGGCCUCAGUGUGGACCGCCCCUGUGCCCGUGCUGUGAAGGUCGACUGUCCCUACCCGCUGUCGCAGAUCGCCGCCCGGAACUGCGUGGUGUGGGCACUGACGGAGCAGAGGGCCCUGCUGUACCGAGAGGGUGUGAGCAGCUUCUGCCCCGAGGGCGAGCAGUGGAAGUGUGACAUUACCAGCGAAAAGCAGGCUCUGGAGCCCAUCUGCAUCACUCUCGGAGACCAGCACACUCUCUGGGCGCUGGACAUCCGUGGGAAGCUGUGGUUCAGAACCGGUGUGGUGCCCAAGAAGCCCCAAGGGGACGACGAUCACUGGUGGCAGGUGAGCAUCACAGACUACGUGGUGUUCGACCAGUGCAGCUUAUUCCAGACCAUCAUCCACGCCACACACUCAGUGGCCACAGCGGCCCAAGUGCCCGUGGAGAAGGUGGCAGACAAACUGCGCAUGGCGUUCUGGUCCCAGCAGCUUCAGUGCCAGCCCAGCCUGCUGGGGGUCAACAGCAGCGGCGUCUGGAUCUCCUCGGGCAAGAAUGAGUUCCACGUUGCCAAGGGAAGCCUCAUAGGCACCUACUGGAAUAACGUGGUUCCCCGGGGCACAGCAUCCUCGACGAAAUGGGCCUUCGUGCUGGCAUCUGCGGCUCCCACCAAGGAAGGAAGCUCCUUGUGGCUGUGUCAGAGCAGCAAGGACCUGUGUAGCAUCAGCGCCCAGAGCGUGCACUGCCGGCCGUCCACGGUGCAGCUGCCGCCCGACGCCGAGAUGUGUGCCUACGCCGCCUGCCAGGACGCACUGUGGGCCCUGGACAGCCUUGGGCAGGUGUUCAUCCGCACGCUGUCCAAGAGCUGCCCGACCGGCAUGCACUGGACAAAGCUGGACCUCUCACAGUUAGGAGCUGUAAAGCUGACCAGCUUGGCCUGUGGAAACCAGCACAUCUGGGCCUGUGACUCCAGGGGCGGCGUUUACUUCCGGGUCGGAACCCAGCCUCUGAAUCCCAGCCUGAUGCUCCCGGCCUGGAUUGCCAUCGAGCCGCCAGUCCAGCCCACGGGGGUCACCCUGGUCAGUGUCUACGCCAGUCCCAACGACCAGAUGCUUUGGGUGCUGGACAGCAGGUGGAACGUGCAUGUCCGCACCGGGAUCACCGAGGAGAUGCCCGUGGGCACCAGCUGGGAACACGUGCCAGGGCUGCAGGCCUGCCAGCUGGCGCUGAGCACCCGGACUGUGUGGGCCCGCUGUCCCAAUGGUGACCUUGCCCGACGCUACGGCAUCACAGACAAGAACCCAGCUGGUGACUACUGGAAGAAAAUCCCUGGAAACGUGUUGUGCUUCACAGUGACCUCGUCCGAUGAGCUGUGGGCAGUGGGCCCCCCUGGCUACCUUCUCCAGCGGCUGACGAGGACAUUUAGCCACACCCAUGGCACCCCGAGGAGUGGCCCGUUGGCUGCCACACAUCCCGAGGACCUGGAGGACGAGUGGGAGGUGAUCUGAGGGAGCGGCACCCACCAGAGGAGGCUCAGCCCUGGGGCUCUGCACCCCGGAGAAGCUGGCCUCAUGACAUGUGUCCGGAUGCACCCAGCCACGCUGACACCCACACUCAUUACCCACAUUGUUCGUGUCUUGUUCCAGAGCCCACAGCCUCACCCGAUUGCCCAUAGCUGUCACGCGGCAAUCACACUUGUGGCCUCUCGGGAGGUUGCCUCCAGGUGGGGAUGGAGCUUCCACCCUAUUGCAUGCACAGCAGUCAGGCUCAAGUCCACACCCCUGCCUGUGUGGGAGGUGGGGAGCCUGUGUGGCAGGAGGAGCUGGGCUGGACUGCAGACACCUGUGCCAGCAGUGCCAGGUGACAGAGCAGUGCAUCCACCAUACAUCCCUGUCCUCCACAUGUGGCCCCUUGGCUCACUCUGUGCUGGACCCGGCCGGACUGGCCAGCCACCUGUGUGGCACUGGGCUGUGUGCAGUGGGAGCACAGUCCCACACUCCUACACUCCUGCACCUGCCAUCCACCACCAAGGCCACAGGUGCCAGCAACAGGAGCCGCCUACCAUGCCGGGGGAGUGACUUGAGUCAGUGCCGCUGUGGCCGCCAGAGCCAGGCGUUCUGAGGACAGUGUUGCUGACCGUUGCCUUUGUGUUUGUUGUAUUACAAACCCUCUUGAGAUACCUCAUCCAAAACCUAGUCCCAUAGGUUUAGAAGAGAAACACAUCUAAAAACAGGGCCUGCGGGCCUUCCGCGCUGUGUCCUGUGCCUGUCCAGCCAUGGUCACAGGUCCUCAGGAUCGGUGGGGGCGCUGCCCACUGGCACUCGAGCUGCACUUGGCCCAAGCAAGUCCUGGCUGCUUUUUUAGCCACUCUGUGUGGCAACACUCGAUGCCUGCUUCUGCUGAGUAUGUCUUCAGAAGCCCAGGCCACAGGUGACAACAGUAAAACACAGGCUGUGACAGGCCGCCAGCUACUCGGGGGAGGACAGAUGUGGCGGCCAGUCUCACAUCUCACGUCCUCACAGAAGCUGCCUCCCAGGCCCCCUCACGGGCAGGGCCCUCCCAGGCCUCGGGAUGUUCGUGCAGUGAAGCAAGUCCAGCGGUUCUCUCGGCUUCUGCCUUCAGUGCGGGGUGCAGUUUCUGUCUGGUUUUCACCUUCAGUUGUGCUUUGAGUCGUGCAAUAAACUCGGCUUUUUGCAAACCUGAGCAAGUUUAGCUCUGGAGCUGGGAGAAGGUGCCCUGGCAGUGCCCCUGAGGGCCAGGUUGGGGCCUUGGGCACUGGGGACCUGGCCAGCGUGAAAGAUGUGACGUUUGCCAGGUGUCUCUGCAGGGCUGGGCACAGCCCCGGCAAGCACAGGCUGCCUCCUCAUGGCCAAGGGCAGCUCCAGAGGUGUAGGUCCCCGGCCAGCAAGCAAAACCCACACCAGAAGUGCAUUAUGGGAACUAACAUUUGAGAGAGGCUACCUCCACAGUCCUGGGUAGCAGCCCGAGCAAGAAACGUCAGAGAUGUCAAGAGAUGAGGCUGGUGGGACAGAAAGCACGAGGAGCCAGGUGUGGCAGUCCCACCUGCCAUCCCAGCGCUCUGGGAGGCCGAGGCAGAAGGAUCACAAAUUUGAGCCCAGCCUGGGCAACGUAAUAGCAAACGGAUUACAGAAACCUCCGAUUAGAGGAGAAAGAUCUCUAACUCACUGAUGGCAUGAGCUUUCUAAACUCCAAAUGAAGUGGGUGGGGCCAGGGUAUUGUCCCGUGCAAAGGCCACAGUGUAACACUCGGUACUGAAAACAGAAGCAGGCAGGCAAACCUGGCGACGAAGUGAUGCAGUCCACACUCCGAGACCCAGAGAAGACCACGUGCAGUGCUGUGCCCAGUGCACAGGGAACCCCGGGUUCCCUCCUGGGCGGGUGGUGGAGGGUGACGAUAGGGCAGGCACCCACCUCCCCAGAGCCCACACCGGUAGCUCGGGGCUUGAGGCUCGGCUCGGCAAACUGCAGGCCGUCACUGCUGGGUGACAGACACCUCAUGGCAGCUGAGUGCUCGCUGCUCAGAGUAGUGACAGGUAGGGCCCGGCCACAGCAGUCAGCAGGGUCACGGGGUGGUAAAAGGGCAGCUUCACAGCUGCUGCGGCUCCCUGCCUAGUGCUGGGGCAAAGUAACAGUGAGUGGAUUAAAGAACUUAGUAUUGGGGUGACGAUCUCUGACCUCGAUGGCAAAAACUUGCUGAACUCAGAAGAGAUAGGGGCCAGGCACAGUGGCGCUUGCCUGUCAGCCCAACACUCAGAUCACGUGGUUCAAGGCCAACUUGAACUGCUACAUAGCAAGACCCUGCCUCAAAACAAUGGGAAAGCCACUGAAGAAAACCCUUGUGUAGAGCUGAUCAGAGCCCCUGUGGAGGACAGGGCACAGCGUGUGCAGAGGCCUCAGGCCUGACCUGCUGCACAGCGUGCUAACCUGGUGUAGGGCAACCACCAAGCCGCCCAGACCUGGAGGUGCCCUGGGCGGGCCCAUUCUAAGGCUGGCAUGCCGGGUCAGUCCAGGACUCCAGGGAGGGGCUUUGGCAGGCACCCAGACAGCAGAGGCAGAAGCAUGCUUCAGACACCUGACACCGGGGCAGGGACCAUGCAGUGGGUGCAGUCCACCAGGAAGGCACAAGCUUUGCCCUGGAAAUGCAUCCCUAGGAACAGUCAGGCUGGGGACAGGGCCCGGGUCAUUUAUAAGCCGUGAUGCCAGAAGCCAGCUGACAGGGAGGAGGCAGGGGAAGCCACUGCCGGAGGCAUCUGGCAGAUUCGAAACCUCUCCUAGUUCCAGGCACAGGAGGCACCAGAAGUGACAGGUUCUUUACUUGGGUCAAGAAGCUGGGGUCACGGUGGCUGCUUGUGAGCAUAUACCUUUUUGUAUCUUUCAAAUUUUGAGCCAUGUAAAUGUAUUUAUUCCAAAAAUAAAUUUACAUUUUCAAAGUUCAGUUCUAACACUA